AUGGCCCCUCUUAGUUCUAUCUUACUUUUUCUUUCUGCUGCGAUAGCAGGCACCGCCUGGGGUGCUCCAACAAACAAGACACAUUGUGGGAAUGACUUAUGCACCUGGUGGCAUGAUACCGGUGAAAUCAACAAAGAGACACCUGUUCAGCCCGAAAAUGUUCGCCAAUCUCAUCGCUAUUCCGUGCAAGUCAGCGUCGCUGGUCAGAAUGACUUCCUAGAUUCCUUCGUCUAUGAAUCAAUUCCGCGCAAUGGCAACGGCCGGAUCUUUUCUCCCUCGGAUCCUCCGAAUAGCAACACGCUCGAUGAUUCAGUUGACGAUGGAAUCUCCAUUGAGCCUAGUAUCGGUCUUAACAUGGCAUGGGCUCAAUUUGAGUAUGGCAAGGAUGUCGAGCUCAAGAUUACCACGAUUGAUGGCUCUGCCUUGGGGCCCCCAGAGGAUGUGGUCAUCCGGCCUACCUCCAUUCAAUACUCCAUCUCUCAGUCGAACGAUGGAGGCAUUCUCAUUCAAAUUCCCUUUGAUCAGAACGGGCGCAAGUUCUCUGUUGAGUUCAAGAACGACCUAUACACUUUCCUGUCUGAUGGAAACAACUACGUGUCUUCGGGAGGUGAUGUCGUGGAGAUUGAACCUACCAAUGCACUUGUCAUUUUCGCGAGUCCGUUUCUCCCCUCGGAUAUGAUUCCUGACAUGAACAAGGACAAUACCAAGACCAUGACACCUGGUCCGAUCAAUAAUGGCGACUGGGGUUCCAAGUCUAUUCUCUAUUUCCCUCCUGGAGUCUACUACGUGAACGAGAAUAGAGACGACGUCUCUGGGAAAUUGGGCGCAAAUCAUAUGGUUCUCGACCCAAACACGUACUGGGUACACCUUGCUCCUGGCGCCUACGUCAAAGGGGCAAUUGAAUACACCACGCAUGCGCAGAAAUUCUACGCCACAGGACAUGGUGUACUCUCGGGAGAAAACUAUGUCUAUCAAGCCAACGUGGAUGAGAGCUACACCAGCGUGAAGAGUGACAGUACGAGUCUGCGCAUGUGGUGGCAUAACAGUAUCCAAAGCGGCCAAACAUGGCUCUGCCAUGGCCCAACACUCAAUGCACCCCCUUUCAACACCAUGGACUUCAACGGGGAUGUCAACUCCAUCAGCAGCCAGAUUGCUGACUACAAACAAGUCGGCGCCUAUUUCUACCAGACAGACGGUCCGGAAAUUUACCCUAAUAGCGUGGUUCAGGAUGUCUUCUGGCAUGUCAAUGAUGACGCUAUCAAGCUCUACUAUAGCGGUGCGACAGUAAUCCGUGCCACCAUCUGGAAGUGCUUGAAUGAUCCCAUCAUCCAGAUGGGUUGGACUACUCGGGAUAUUAAAGGGAUUACGGUCGACACGCUGAACGUGAUUCACACUCGCUAUCGGGAUUCUAAUAUGGUUGUGCCGACGGCGAUUAUCGGCGCAUCCCCUUUCUACAUGAGUGGAAUGACCCCUGAUCCGAAUCAAGCGAUUAGUCUCACAGUGUCGAAUUUGGUCUGUGAAGGGCCGUGCCCAUCCUUAGUCCGAAUCAACCCUCUGCAGAGUUAUCGGGAUUUUGUCGUGGAGAAUGUGGCAUUCCCGGAUGGUCUGCAGAAGAACUCUAUUGGAAUUGGUGAGAGUAUUAUCCCAGCUGCUUCUGGAGUGGUGAUGGACCUGCAGGUAGCGAAUUGGACUGUUGGGGGAAAAGACGUCACCAUGAAGAAUUUCCAGUCCGACAGUCUUGGUCAAUUGGACAUUGAUGUCAGUUAUUGGGGGGAGUGGGGUAUUGCUUCUUGA